GCUGGGCUCGCUCUUGGGGUUGCUCUCGUGAUGAAGUGCCCUUGCAAAGUCCGGACUAGCGUGCUUUUCAAACGAACUUGCAUGCGAAGCACCUGGGGACCUUAUUAAACAUGCAGGUGCUGGUUCCGGAGGAGUGUUUGCCGUCCUGCGUUUCUAGAUGACGUCAAUGCCGUUGUUCCCCAGGCUACGCUUAGCAACAAGGGCACCUGGCUUACCUGUCUGAUGGAAGUGGCGAGGUUGCGCUGGUCCUUUUCAAGCCACUCAGCUAUGGGAUGGUAUUGUUCACUCCCUUCGGACCCAAGUGGAAAUAAAAAGGAGGAGACAUCAUUUACGAACAUACAAAGACUGUUUUACUGGUUCUGAUGCUGUUGAUGUAGUAUUAAGUCAUCUUAUGCAAAAUGUGUGCCGAAGUAGCAAUGACCUCUCUCGUCUUAAAGGAGUUCAUCUUUGCCAACUUCUAAUGAAUCAUAAAGUGUUUGAACCAGUAGGAAUGAAGCUAUUCAAAACUGAAAAGGAACUGGAAUUUGAAGAUUCCAACAAUAGUCUCUACAGGUUUCUAGGCGAUAAAUCAUCUUACGUUUUUUGCAAAAGAAAAAAGGAUGCUGAGAAUAUGGUGAUUGGUGAAAUAAAAGCAAAAAAUCCUUUAAGCAGAUCAGAAGAUGAAAUGAUUUCUAAUCCUCUAGCACAUGGGCUCUGUGGAGAAAGAACUGAGGAACUUAUUCAUACAAUGAGUGGGAAUCUGCAUUUACCUCCAAAUAUCAUUAUUAAUGAACCCAUUCUCCAGCUUUCGAAAGAAGCUGUGGAAGAUAUUUGGAAACAACAAACAUUGUUAUGUAUUCUCCACCUGAUUCAUCUUCCAUUCUUGGAAAAUAUUUUAGAACCUCCAGUUAAAGCACAAAAUCUUCAAUUAAGUAAGGAGGAAGAUCUGGUUAUCUCUAACACUUGCCUAGACAGAGAGCUUAUUCCAAGCUUAUGUCUAACUGAGAUUGAUAACUGGCUUAAUGCAGCAGUUGAAUGCUUGGAAUAUUUCCCUGACCAGUUAAUAGUUAGAGUUAGUCAGCAGUUAGUGCAAAACCAAAGUGAAGAGACAAAAUUGGAUACUCAGAAGAAAUUACUCUUUGAUGUCAUAGUAAAAUAUUAUAAUCAAGAGAGAUCUUGCCUGUUAACUGAUGACUAUUUUGAUAUUCAUUCAGGAAUUAUUGAACUUUUAGAAAAAGAGAGAAGAGGAGAAGCUCUUGAAGCAAUACAGCUCUAUCUCAGAUUGUUGUUGCCCAAUGUGAGAGAAGAGUUACGACGGCUGCUUACUUUUAUGGCUAUUGCAUCUGAGCCUAAUGCCUACAGGUUGCAAAAACAGUAUGAUAACAAAAUAGUGGUCAUGAAAACUCUUGCCAAAGCAGUCCUGCAAACCAAAUCAUUAUUAAAAAUACAGGCAGAACAACUGGUCUGGUUUCUACUGGAGUUUCACUCUGAGCUCUUCAAGACGCCAGUUACUUUAUUGGAUCUCGUCAGUAAGAAACUAAAGAAGCUUCUGCAUGGAGAAGAUCCAGAUGCCAUCUCAGGCUUCACAUUUUGUCAACCCUUGACACAUAAGGAGUUUGAAAAACAAAAGGGAAGGACAAUUCAAUCUCUUCACCAGUUGGCUCUUGAGAUUAAUAGUGACCCCAACAUCUCUUCGAAACAAAAAAAGAAAUUAAUUAAGGAAUUUCAAAAAUACCAUCCAGAAGCUUUCAGUUGACAUUUCUGAUGCAAGUAACUGCAGUUUGUGAAUAUGUACAGUUCUCUGGUGGUUUUCUCCAGCUGCCAUACUUACCCUACAAAGAAACGCAUUUUAAGUAUAAUCAUGUUUGAAAUAUGUUAAAGGUGAUUUUGAAAAGGUAUACAAGUCAAUCUUUAUGUGUGCUGAUUCACUAAAUCAUUAUGCUACUAAAAUCACUUACUAAAUGCACUGCUAUUAUUAGUAACUAAUAUUAAGUUAAUUUCCUUAGAAUUUCUUACCAACAGGAAGGGCCUGUUUCAUACGUGAGCUCUCUGAAGAAAGUACACACUUCCUUAGUAUAAUACAAUUUUUAAGUUAUUCCCUUAGACUGCUGUAAUUUAAAAGACUGUGAAUUAUCAAAAUGGGAAAAGAUGUAUAAAGAAGAAGUGUUAAAAUGCUACAAAUUUAAAAUUUAUAAAUGCAAAGCUAAAACUAUGAUUUUCCUUCUCUAACUCUCCUUUAGUCGAUAGAGUAUUUGUGCUUUUCCUUUCUGCUCAUCCUUUCCUUUUUGUCCCCCUACCUGUCUCUAUCUCGCCCCCAGUCUCUUCUCUCUUUCUGUUAGUUUACCCUAUGGCAUCAUUCUCUCACUGUGACUUAGGCUACAGAUUCAAACAUUCCUGUUGAAAGUAACACAAAAAAAAGUUGUCAUUUUAGUUUAUGUCACUGAUCAUAUGGAAACAAAAGCAUAAAUCAUAGGUACCUAAAAAUAAAAUCUAUUGAACUGAUUUAAUCAGUUUUAUCUUUUUUUGUACAAAAACUGUAUCAGUUGUCUUGAACUUGACUACCUAGAAUCAGAAUUCUUUGAAAAGGUCAACAAAAGGUCUAUGAAAAGGUUUCAGAGGACAAAAGUACACUGUGCUUUCUGAAAUUGUGACAGCUUUUUGUGUAUCUGGGUUUAUGGCAUUUUUCUAGGAAUAGGUUCCAUAGCUGUCACCAGAUUUUCAAAGGGGAUUGUGACCAAGAACGUUAAGAACACAGCAUUGAUUUUCUCUUCACAAAAUGUACUAAAGGCCUCUAUGGAUGUAAAUUUAUAAAUUUUUCCAAAUUUUGCUUUUAUUUUGUUAACAAACUAUUAGUUUAAAUAUUCAGAUAUUAAAAUAAGAGCAUUAAACUAGAUGACUUCUAAGUUUUUUCCCAGUUUAAAAAAUAAAAAACAAAGCACAACAAUUCUAUGACACGAGAAGAUAUAACUGCCCUAACCUGUGGAUGGC